AUGGCAGGCAAAAUCACGAGCGAUGAGGGGUACGGAAGCUCCGCGGACUCAGUCUGCGAAAAGACCCUUUCUUUGAGCAGCAGCACCUCGUCCAUAUCCAUGAAUCAAAUACUGCCCGUUACCAAGGUUCCAGCCUUGGACACGAUCGAUCCAUACGUUGUCAACAGAUCAACCGACCUGGCGGUAGCCCGAAGUCCCCCAGUCGAGCUAUUUUACAGUUCGGAAAUUCAGAACCUCGCCGAUGACAUCGUCAAGGGCUAUGCGCGUUUCAUUUCUAGCUUCACUGGACUCGAGGAUGUUGCCUUCUUCGUAUCCCGCCACUCGCCCUUCGUGUCGGGCACACAACAAGCAUGCGGCGUCAUUUGCGCCUCCGUGUUUGGCUCCGAUGAUGCUGAGCAGCAGACGAGCCAAGAACAUUGCAAAGUGCGCGAAGCAGAUGCGUGCUACUACAACAAGGAUGAAGUCCAGUUUUCGUUGACCCUAGGAUUGAGUGUCGGACCUGAAAAUGGCGAGCUACAACCUAGCGUCCAAGAAAAUGUAUUUGGCUUGCAUGUUAGAUCUACUCCGAAUGAUGGUGUUCUACAAAUCCAUUUUACCUAUCCGACGCAACUCAUUCCGGAUAUGGCAAUUUCUCAAUUGUCGAGAACGCUCGCCUCACACUUAGCCGACUCGUCUACAUUCCUUAGUCUCGAGAUAUCUUCUCCUGAGCUUUCGAUCAUUAAUUUCCCUCCACUUAUGGUACCCCCAUCCAGGAAUACUGAACCGAAUGAGGCCAUUGCAGCCGAGAGCUCUAUGCCAUCCCUUCUCCACGCUGCUUUCGAGGGCUGGGCCCGCAGAAAGCCUAAUACCAUAGCACUUGAUUUCGUACAUUCUUUAUCAUCUGCGGAAAUACCCGCAGAGCACAGCAUUUUAACUUAUGCCGCUCUUAAUACUGCAGCCUCGAACUUGGCUACACAUAUCAGAACUCUUUUGUCCGGUCACGAUGACUCGGCCAACCAUGGGCGCAUAAUCCCUGUAUAUAUGUCGACGUCCCCUGAACUUUAUAUUUCCUAUCUCGGUGUCCUGAAGGCUGGCUGUGCGUUUUCACCGAUCCCUCAGGAUGCCCCCGCACAGCGAGUACAAGAGAUUCUCCAGGACAUUGGCUCUCCCAUUAUCCUAGGCAGUACACCAGAGCCUUCUUCUGUGCCGUGGCGUACGGAGGCCACAGACUCUGCAAUAACCACCCAUACAUGGGUUGACGUCACAGAAGUGUCCAAGUGGAAAGAGCUGCGAGGGGACCAGGCCCCCUCAACAGCUAUAUCGGAGCCUCUUGAGCAACUGGAUAUUAAUGAAAGCCAAACUGCUUAUCUUCUGUUCACAAGUGGCUCUACUGGAAAGCCUAAGGGCGUUCAAGUAAGCCAUCUGGCGGGUACUUGCUCCAUCGAAUCCCAUGCUACAGCUAUCCCGCUCCCUGGCGACUUCGUCGGGGACUUCCGUUGGUUCCAGUUCGCGUCCCCCACAUUCGAUCCAUCGCUCAUGGAAAUCUUUGUAACAUUGAGCAGUGGCGCUACUCUUUGUUCUGCUUAUCGCAGUUUGACAUUGACAGAUUUGGAAGCGACCAUCAAUGAAGCAAGAGCAACUGUGAUGAUGGCCACUCCCAGCUUGGCUGCACUUCUGCGGCCUUCACGUCUGACAACUCUCCAGUCUCUCUGGACCAUGGGUGAAAAGUUGAACCGAACAGUCAUUGAAAAUUUUGCUUCCAAAUCGGAAACCAAUGAGCAAGACGACACUACAGGGCCUUCGACUAUGUUGGUUAAUGCAUAUGGUCCAACCGAAGGUGCAAUUAACUGCACCUUCCUUGCCCCAGUCGACCGUUUCACUCGUGGUUCAAUCAUUGGUAAAGCGCUGCCCACAAGUGCAAUGUUUAUUUUGGAUCCGAAUACGCAUGUACCCAAGCCGGUACCGUCCGGGCUCGCUGGAGAGCUAGCGCUUGGAGGACCGCAAGUCAGCAAAGGCUAUUUGAACCGUCCGAAAGAAACUGCAAAGUCUUUUGUACAUAGCCCCGACUUCGGUUAUGUUUACCGCACUGGUGACAUGGCACGCAUUGUUUGGGACGAAACAGGCUCCCAGGUUAUCGAGUUCCUUGGUCGUAUUACCUCUGAUCAGGUAAAGCUCAGUGGUCGCCGCGUGGAACUUGGUGAGAUAGAGUCUGUCCUUUCCACUGUGAGCGGUAUCACCGAGGUUGUGGCCGUGGUGUCAAAGAGGGACAUGAAUGUGCAGGGCAGCGAACAGAUCUUUGCAUGCUUGGUAGCAGAUACUGCGACCAAAGUAGAAAAACACGAAAUUGUGCGAACCGCACAAGAGUCAACACAGCUGCAUCUAGCAUCGUACAUGUGCCCAUCGGCAUACGCAUUUUUUGCUUCUCUACCUAGAUCUAGCUCUGGGAAGGUCGACCGCAAAGCCAUAUCUGCCAAACUCCAGCAGAGUAAUGUGGAACUAUUCACUACCCAGAAACCGAAGCCUGAAACGUCCGUUGAUGCGCAAGAUAGCUGGGAGACUUCAGAUGAACACACACAACAAAUACAACAACUUGUGGUUAGCCUUAUUGCGGAAACAUCCGAUGAAGAUGUCACCGCAAUCAAGCCCGGGGCAGAUCUUUACUCACUGGGUGUUGACAGUCUCGGUGCUAUGCGACUCCUGCAGAAGUUGCGAGACAAUUCCAUUGAAGGCUUGUCUGUAGGGGAUGUGCUGCGAGCUGAAACACCCAAGGGGCUGGUGUCAAUCAUUGCGAAACCUUACUCAACGUCGAAUAGUGUCGACUCGAACGGCGCUUCUCUAGCUAACAACUCCGCUGAGCAGUUAGGCCAAAGGCUUACAUCAUUCAGUACCAGAAAUCACUCUGUAUGUGCGGAGAGGCUCGGUCUAAACCCAGACCAGAUCCAGAAAGUCUUACCAACAACGGCCACGCAAUCUGGUAUGUUGACCAGUUUUCUGCGCAGCUCGGCUGAUAAGUCAUUCCAUACUCGCUCGUACAUCUAUCAUUCCGUCCUUCCCCUUGAGGCUACAGUCGACCUUGAUCGUGUACAGAACGCGUGGGACAUCGUUACCGCAAAUUAUGACUCCUUCCGGACUGUCUUCUGCUGGCUCGACGACGACAUGGCUCCAUUCGCACAAUGUAUCCUAGCUGCCGAUGCAGUUCCCCAGCCAAAUUGGAAUGUGUACAACGCCUCUGAAGGCAAUUCAGAGAAGGAAACCCUAAGUCAAGCUCUACGAGACGCAGAAGAGACAAUUGGCUUGAGCACGCCUCCAUGGAAGUUGUCUCUAAUCACAACCCCUCAAAAGACACUCAUAAUCUUGAGCAUGUUUCACGGAAUCUUUGAUGGUGGCUCAUUGCAACUACUUCUUGAGGACGUGUCUUCGGUUUACGGUAACAAGGCCAUGGCUAACAGAACAUCAUUGGAACAUAUUGUACAACAUCACUUUGGCGCUGACCAUACAGCAACUUCUGACUUCUGGGACAAACACUUGGAGCACUACUCGCCGAUUUCCUUUCCUUCUGUCACGCCUUAUCGGGCUCCUUCAGUAAAGGUGGCCGAUUGCGUAGAAAUCUCCGCACACAUCAGCUACGACAGGUUGAAAAAGCAGUCUAAAACUAUCGGCGCAACCCCACUCUCAGUGCUGCAGGCAGCUUGGGGCUCUGUACUCUUGGCCUACACUGGAACCCCAGACCAAGAUGUUGUGAUGGGCAGCGUAGUGUCUGGGCGAUUGGAUCCCGAUUCCGAAAUAUGUAUCGGCCCAACAUUCACCACAGUUCCCGUACGACUCGCUAUGAACCUAAUCCCACAGGAUGCCACUGGUACUCGGACAAACAGAUCUGUUGCCCGCUACCUGUCAUCCUUUAAUGCCAAAACAUUAUCUCACCUACAACCGCGCCUGGGGUCCCUGGUCACAGGAGAUGGUCGAUUGCCAUAUGACACUCUCCUGGCAUAUCAGGACUUCAGUGCUGGAUCGAGUACCAGUGGACUCUGGAGUUCGAUAGACCAUCCACCAAUGGGAAAUGACUUUGCGGUAAUGAUUGAAGUCUGGCCUGGAGCCAAUUCAUCUUUGACAUUCCGUGCCAGUUUCAAUCAUGCUCUGCUUGACUCUGGAUCAGCUGAGGUCAUGCUGAGGCAAAUGGCUGAUAUCGUAGCAUUCAUACUUGAAACGCCAGAAGGAAACUUUCUCGAUGCUCCAUCCCAGACCCAGGCUGAGCUGAAGUCAACUUUCAAUCCAACAUCAAAUGUGGUUCCAGAGGUGGCAGAGGGCGCACUAAUCCACUCUCGAUUCGAAGAGCAUGCAGAGUCGCACCCAGAGGAUACAGCAUUAAUAUUCAAGGGCGAUUUGGAUGACGACAGCAACCCGCGUAAUAUCUCCUGGACCUAUGGAGAGCUCAACGCCAUAGCCGAUGGCCUUGCUGAGAAUCUACUUCAAUUGACCGGUUCACUAACAAAUACUCCUGUUCCCAUAUGUAUUGAGAAAAGCCCAGCCCUGUAUGUGGCGAUUCUGGGAAUUCUCAAAGCAGGUGGUGCCUGGUGUCCUAUUGACACCCUUUCUCCUGCUCAGCGUCGCCAUGACUUGAUUGCUCGGACAGGCGCCAGGGUUCUUCUAGUCUCUAGUACUGACGGUGAUCAACCCGAAGGCUCCAUUCCAGCAGGGGUCGAUACUAUCGAUGUCAGCCGAUUCACUGCAAACUCUUCCAAGUGGAACGGCGUGGGAAGACCCAGUACUAAGCAAAGAACAAGCCCAGAUGAUAUGGCGUAUCUCAUUUGGACCAGUGGCACAACAGGUGCACCCAAGGGUGUUCCUAUCAAACAUUCUGCCGCUGUCUCUUGUAUGAAAUCUCUCGCCAAGGAUAUUCCCACAGAUGUACAAGGUGGUGUCGUUCGCUGCAUGCAGUUCUCACAGUAUACCUUUGAUGUGUCAAUUCAAGAUAUCUUCUAUACCUGGAGCCUGGGAGGAGUUCUCAUCUCCGCUACGAGAGAGAUAAUGUUGGGCUCGUUCUCUAAACUCGCGAACAUCACCAAGGCUACUCAUGCACAUCUCACUCCGGCGUUUUCAGCAGGUGUUCCUAGGAAGAGCUGUGAAACGCUUGAGGUAAUUACCAUGAUCGGCGAGAAGCUGACCCAGCCGGUCGCUGAUGACUGGGGCACUGAUAUGCGCGCCUUUAACACGUACGGUCCUGCCGAAGUAACCAUUGUUUCCACAAUCAGGGAGUUCGGAAAUGAGCACAAGAACAUCAAAAGCGCAAACAUUGGCUGGCCCAUGGAUACUGUGUCUGUUUUCGUGACAAAGAAUCAGCGAAUGGUAAUGAAGAACGCAGUUGGUGAGUUAGCAUUGGGUGGGCCCCAGCUUUCUCCUGGCUAUUUGAAUCAAGAGGAUGUCACAAAAGCGAAGUACGUUUGGAAUGAGGAGGCCUCGCAGACACUGUAUUACACCGGUGACUUGGUGCGCAUGCUUGCCGAUGGCUCUCUUGAGUAUCUCAACCGUGUCGAUGACCUAGUCAAGCUCGGUGGUAUUAGAGUUGAGCUCAGCGAAAUCAGUUUCUCCCUUGACGGCUGUCAUCCUUCUGUUGAGAAUAUUGAGACGCUCAUCCUCAGUCGUUCCGACAGACCCACCAAGGUGGUGGUUGCGUUCCUUUCUGCACCUGCGGCUGCAUCUGCCGAUGAUGACCAGCUGUUGAUACUCGACAGUAUGGCACUUGAGGUAGCUCGUUCUGCCAGUGAUAAAGCCCACUCGGUUCUUCCCGAUCAUAUGAUCCCGUCUGUGUACUUGGUUGUGAAAAACAUUCCAAGAACACCGUCCGCCAAGACUGACCGUCGGGCUCUGCAAGCCGCAUAUGAAGCUAUUGACAUCGACAGCUGGGAAGGCCAACUAAACCCUGAAAAUGCGGAUUCUGCCAAACAGCCAGAAAAUGAAGCAGACGCCGCCACAGCUUCAAAGAUAAUCGAUAUGAUCGCAUCACUGGCCAGCAUCUCGUCCUCAAUCAUUACCAAAGUCAGUAGACUUGGAAGUCUGGGUAUCGAUUCAAUUCGCGCCAUCCGCCUUGCGUCCAGGCUCAAAGAAGCUGGCUACCAACUGUCUGUUGUCGAAGUACUGAACUGUGUCACCGUACAAGAUUUGGUGAAGUUGGCCUCUUCCUCUAGCAAAGCUGCCAAUGCCGCUUCGGAUGCAUUUGACCUGGAGAAGUUUAACGUGACAUGGCAUGUCUUGGCCGCUAAAAGAAUACAAGAGGAGUUCUUCACGGUACGCGCUACUACAAUUCAGGAAAGCUUGCUCAGUGAGACAAUGGGCACAUACGACAUGUACUGGAGUAAUCAUUUCUUCUCGCUUAACCCCUCAGUGUCGCUUGACAGACUAAAGCAGGCUUGGCUUGCAGUUUGCCAAAAGACGGAGGCACUAAGAACUGGUUUUAUUCCCGUGGCUGAGGUGGCUAGCACUUGUCAUGAUAAUUUCGACUUUUCUAUCCUGCAGCUAAUCUAUAACUUGCCGUCCUUGGAUUGGGAAGAGCACAAGUGUAAUGAAGAUGACUGGGUGGCGCUGCGUGACCAUCGAAUCGAGACGAUUAUGACAAAGCAUCAAAGCAAUUAUUUCAGCUACCCACCGUGGGCUGUUACUGUUUUCGACAAGGGUAAUGAAAGAGUCAUGGUUCUUACGAUACACCAUUCCAUCCACGAUGGCCCUUCGCUCAGUUUAAUCAUGGAUGAUGUGCAAUAUGCUUACAUGUACAAGCCACCCUCGAGGCAUCAGCUUAGCAAUGCGCUUUCCAUCGUUCUUCCAAAUGAAAUGAAGAGCGCAGAGACCCGCAAGUUUUGGCAAUCCGAGUUAGAGAGGUUUUCAGAGCUGGACACCCCAGUAUGGCCUGACCUCACUGGCAAAAAGGUAGAGCCUGGUGUUGAACAAGAGUUCAAGCUCAUCUCAGAGGAAAUUCCAUUGACGGAAAAGGUUGCGGCCCUUCAAUCGGCUGCAGCACAGCUCGGAGUGUCGUCUAUUGCCUCAAUCGUACGAGCAGCAUGGGGCUAUGUCUCACUUUGCUAUCUCGGAAUCCCAGCAACUGUCUUCGCUGAAACUCUCUCCGAUCGUGUGUUGCACCCAGAUCUUGAAGAUGGAAUUGGCCCAUUGAUCUCCGUUGUUCCCAUACCUUUCCACCCACAGGGAAGUGCGCGCGAAUUUCUCGCAGAGCAACAUCGGAUCUCAGUACAGUCUUGGAAGCAUCGUCAUAUUCACGCCCGUGACGUUCGAAGGAUGCUGAACCGGCCAAGAGGAGAUGCAUUAUACCCAGCUGUUUUCAACUUCCAUGUGGCAGAUGAAUCCAAGGGUCCCGCUCAGUCUAAAAUCUGGCAGGAGCUAGAAGAUCAAAUUGGUUUGCACGUGGAGCAUCCUAUGGCCUUCAAUGUCUUUCAACAUGUAGACGGUGCUCUUGUCUUGGAAGCGUCUUCGGAUAGCCGUGUGAUGAGCCGAGAGCAGCUGUCACUUUUUGUUCGCCAGGUCGACGGUCUGGUCACUGCUAUGUUGGCGUUUCCCGACAAACAAUUAGCAGACCUUGUGCACCACCUUCCAACAUCCUUGAAAUCUAUCUCCAAUAGACCUGUUCCUGAGUCUGUUCGGGAUUCAGUCCACACUAGCCCAACCUAUUGGUUGGAGAAGAAUGCCCGCGAGCAUCCGGAGUGGACAGCUGUUGAAGUCGCAAGUGACAUAGCCCCAGAGGGAAUUGUGAAGGAAGCGUGGACCUACGAGACGCUCAACUCAAAGGCGAACCGUGUGGCAGCCUACAUUGCCUCCCAAGGGCACAAGAACAGAAUGAUCGGCGUUUGUUGUGGACGAAACCUUCCUUCAUACCCAAUAAUCGUUGGUAUUUUCAAGUCUGGAAAUGGCUAUCUUCCAAUAGAUGAAGGCCUUCCAGAUGAACGUAAAGCAUUCUUGACCGAGGAUGCUGAUUGCCCCAUUGUCUUCACCGAGACUCAAUUCUCGCAGUCAUUCUCCCGAGUACCUGAAGGAUGUCGUGUCAUUUGCGUUGAUGACUCUGGUUUCCAAGAAUUGGUUGAAACAAUGCCGGCUGAGGACCGGGAUUACCAGUCUCAUCCAGACGAUGUCGCCUAUCUUCUUUUUACAUCCGGUUCGACUGGUAAGCCCAAAGGCGUCAUGGUCACAAGGGGCAAUCUUUCAUCGUUUAUCGAGUCAUUCAGAGAAUUCUGCAUCAAAGCAGCUCCUGGUACAUUGACUCUGGGCGGCACUGGCAGGUAUCUCGCACAAGCGAGUAGAGCCUUUGAUCCUCAUCUUCUGGAAAUGUUCUUCCCGUGGCGCCAAGGAAUGACAACGGCGACUGCACCUAGAGCUAUGAUCUUGAAUGACAUCAAAACAACACUUUCAAAGUGGGAGAUAACGCAUGCAAGCUUCGUGCCGUCGAUGGUGGAUCAAUCAGAUACACAUCCAAAGGACUGCCCCAAGCUACAACAUAUGACCGUCGGUGGCGAGAAAAUAUCCAAGAAAGUAUUGGAUACUUGGGCCGAUUCUCACAUUGCGCUUGUAAAUGCAUAUGGUCCGACCGAGGUGACAAUUGGUUGUACUUUCGCUCACGUUCGGAAGCACACAAAUAUGCGGAACAUUGGACCACCGUUGACUGCCUGUGCCUGUCAUGUCAUGAUCCCCGGUACAGACAAUUAUGCUCUCCGAGGUCAAACUGGAGAGCUUGUCUUUAGCGGCGAUAUUGUUGGAAUAGGGUACCUCAACAGGCCUGAUGCCACUGGAUUUGUGACGGGACCUAAUGGCGAGAAAAUGUACCGAACUGGUGAUAUAGGCCGUCUGAUGCCAGACGAUUCGGUGGAGUAUCUUGGACGUGGUGACGAUCAAACCAAGAUCCGGGGGCAAAGGUUGGAGCUCGGAGAGGUGUCUGAAGUGCUGCGUUCAUCCUCGGCCGUCCCCAUCACUGUGGUCACGACUGUUGUCAAACAUCCAGGCCUCGCCAGAGCGCAGCUUAUCUCUUUCAUCACAAGGUCAGAUGCUCGUCAUCACCAGUCAGACGAGAGUGUAGCCUUUGUCCAGUCUGAUUUCGGAACCUUGGGCAAGGAACUCCAGGAUAUCCUCAAAAAGAAGCUGCCAGCAUAUAUGGUUCCUGAGCUUAUCCUCCCCAUAACGUAUAUCCCGAAGGCACCGAUGUCAGGGAAAGCAAAUCUCAAAGAACUACAUGCUCUAUUCACGAGCUUACCGCUCGCGACUGUUCUCCGGGGAAACAAUGCGAUCAAUAAAGAUGGCAGUGCGGUCAGUCGACCUCUGACUGCUGAUGAGGAGGCUGUGGUGGAGGAGGUCUGUACUGUUAUAUCUACAGACCCUUCCAACAUUGGUCCAAUGACAAAUAUCUUUGAGAUUGGCCUGGACAGUCUGAGUGCAAUUGGUCUCUCUAUCAAACUCAGAAAGAUCGGAUACCAAGCCACAGUGGCUCUUGUCAUGAGCAAUCCAGUUAUUGAACAGCUUGCACGUCUGCCAAGAAAUGCAUCGUCGUUGAAUGGACAAGAUCCGUUGUCGAAUACACGCCAGAGGCUUCUUGACAUAGAAUCACAAUACAGAGAAAGCUCCCCUGCUGGAAUCGACCUGUCUCAAGUUGUUUCUGUGCGUCCUUGUUUGCCCCUUCAAGAGGGCUUAGUAGCCCGCUCCAUCAAUAGCGAUGGUGACCAGCUCUAUGUCAACCAUGUUAUUCUUCAACUUGGAAAGGUCGACAUUGCUCAGCUGAAGUCAGCAUGGCAAACAGUGGUCAAUGAUAAUGAGAUCCUGAGAACUGCUUUUGCUCCAAUGGAUAGGGAAAUGGUCCAGGUAGUCUUCUCUCCUGACUCAAAUCAGCUUCGCUGGACCGAAGGAGAAUAUGGCACCCUUGAGGAAUCGAUCGAGAGGUCCAAAUUGCAACAGGAGGGAGUCACUCGAGAUAUCAUUUCAAACAUCUCCAGUACACCUCCUGUACGAUUCCAUAUUGCAAAGCGCUCUGAAACCAAGGAACCGCUCGCUCUCUUCAUCUCCAUCCACCAUGCUCUCUAUGAUGGGGAGUCUUUCUCAAUGUUGAUGGAUGAUGUCACUGCUCAAUAUGCAGAGCAACCAGUUCCAGAGAGAGGCUUACCGUGCACGUUCAUUGAACAUGUUUAUGGUCAAGACUUAGAAAAGGCAAAGAAACACUGGUCUGAGUAUCUGGCCGGUUGCCACCCAACAGUCUUCCGCGAAGAUCCUAGUGUCAUGGAACUUCCAACUUCUGCACACAAGGAACUUGGUAACAAACUGUCAGCCUUGGAGCGUCGAUCAGCUAGCCUCCAAACAACGGUUCCCUCCUUGAUACAGGCUAUAUUUGCACUUCUGUUGGCCGAUACAGUAGGCGCCUCGGAUAUAACGUACGGACUUGUGCUCUCUGGUCGCGCUGUUUCUGUGCCUGGAGCAGAUUCAGUCCUUCUUCCCUAUGUAAUCGAAACUGUCCAAAGGUCGACUGUUAGAUCGCUUGAUUACCAGCAUACUUCCUUGAGACACAUACAACGCUGGAUAAACUCCCAAAACCCUCUCUUUGAUUGCCUGUUCUCCUACAUCAGGGCUACUGAGCCAGAAAGAUACAGUCUCUGGAAGGAGCUUGACAGCCACAUGCCUGCUGAAUAUCCACUUGCAGUUGAAGUCGAGGCAAACCAUGCUACUGACACGAUCAAUCUAAAUUGCCUCUUUUCCCCAGCGUUCGGCUCUCUGUAUAAUGGAGAGGAGUUCCUCGAAAAAAUGGAUGCUGUACUCGCAAGUGUCGUGUCAGGCGAAAGUGUCUCUUUGGAUAGUUUCAACCUUCUCCGAGUGGAAGAUUCUGUCUCACGUUCAUCUGCUAUCCAAUGGGACGAUACCACAUGGUCCAAUACAGAAACUGAGAUUCGAUGGCUCGUUGCUUCUUUCUGUGGCUUGAUUCUGGCAGAUGUCACCAAGGGAGCUUCAUUUUUGAGUUUGGGGAUUGACUCUGUUACAGCCAUCCAAUUCGCACGCAAGCUACGUGAAUCAGGCCUUAAUGCUUCUUCAUCUGACGUCAUGCGCUUCUCAUGCGUAGGUGCGUUAGCUAAACACGUCGAGCAAUCUUCUCUUCCUCAGCCCACAACGAACGGAGAACAUGUCGGCGGGACAGCGAAUAUUCCUCUCGAUGUCUAUCAAAAGCAUGUCCGUCUCCUAAGUUAUAAAGAUUCCGUCGAGGCUAUGUUUGAAUGUACACCUCUACAGGCUGGCAUGAUCACACAAACCCUAGCCUCUUCCGGGCAGGUCUACGUUAAUCCUCAUCCUAUCCGCCUUAACAACUCCGUGGAUAUUGGUAGAUUACGUGAUGCAGUCCAAAAAAUAAUCAAGAGAAAUGAUAUCCUGCGUACUUCAUUCCAUCUGAUAGGGGAGCUUGGCUCUUCAUGGAUCGGUGCAGUGCACGCACAUCCCCCUCUUGAAUGGCAAGAGCUGAGUUUGCCAUCUGGCUGUGACGUCCUCGCCAAGGUCAAUGCACUCUUCUCCUUUGAGGAGGAGUCUUCUUUUGAGGUUCCACCAAUCCGCUCUGUUCUGGUCAACCAGCCUGAGGGAAUGCUUCUGAUCAUCGUCAUGCACCAUUCUCUAUACGAUGGUGCUUCCUUGCCAUUCUUCUUUGAGGACCUCGCCAUUACGUACAAUGGUGAGUCUCCAUCAGAGAGACCCCAGUUCUCAGAAACUGUCAAAUAUGUAACGAACGGACAAGAUGAGGCCUGCGACUUUUGGACCCGUAAGCUGUCCGGGUAUGAAGCUGUGGAGCUCCCUCAGCUGCAGUCCCCUGAAUCUUUGGACUGCAUGUUCCUCUCAGAAAACCAUGUUGAUCUUAACUUGCCGCUAAUAAUUGACGCUUGCAAGAAGAUGGAAGUCACUGUACAAAGCGUGGCUAUCCUAGCAUACGCCAAGGCCCUCGCACGUCUUGUUGGAAAGCGCGACAUUGCAUUUGGACAAGUUCUUGCAGGUCGGUCAGUGCCAGGAACCGAACGUACUUUUGGGCCGCUGUUCAACACUGUAGCUCAAAGAGUAACCUUUGAGCCGAAAUUCCUGAGCAAUAAGGCUAUGGCAUUGCGGCUGCAACAACUCACUACUGAAGCACAAGAAUAUCAGCACGCGCCUCUGAGAGUUGUACAAAACUCGUUGAGAAAGGCUGAUACACUGAAAGCUACUUCUCUCUUCGAUACGCUCUUCGUCUUCCAGAAGAGCGCAGACUUUGCAGGUAGCAUCCUUGAGGAGCAACAGAUUUGGAAGCCGUACGAAACAGAUGACUAUGCUGCUCAAGCCGAGUAUAAGCUGAACGUGGAAGUUGACCAUGGCCAAGACAGAAUUGCAGUCAGCGCCAACUGCAACGGGCAAUAUAUGUCGCAAAUGGCCCUCGAUAGCUUCAUCAAUGAUUUCACUGCCGCCUUCAAAGAUAUUAUCCAGCACCCAACAAGAUGCGUCACGGUCGUACCUGAACGUCUCGGAGAGCUACCGCUCAGAUUGUUCUUGGAAACGCCUGAAGAAAACCUGCCUGACGACUCGAUUGCGCUUCCGCACGAAGCCAUCGUUAAAUCAGUACUAGCAGAUGUUUCUGGUGUGCCAGUCGACAGUAUUAACCCCAGGACUAGCAUCUUCAGUAUUGGAUUGGACUCCUUGACAGCAAUUCGCAUUGCUUCUAUUUGUCGAUCGAAGGGGCUGAAGACGGGUGUAGCCGAUAUUCUCCAAGGCAACACUCUACGUGGAAUCAGUCAACGUAUCCGGCCUAUAGGAGAACAGGCAGUCAAGCCUCAAGGCGCCCUUAUCAAGGACUACGAUCAAGUUGAGAAAAUGGUUUUGGGACAACUAAGGCUGAAUAAGGAGUCGAUUGAAACAAUUCUUCCAUGUCUCGGCGGUCAGUACUACCACCUCGUGAGCUGGUUGAAGUCUGGACGGAAACUUUUCGAGCCGGCCUGGCCAUACUUCACUGCGGAACGCAUCAAUGCCGAGUUGCUUGAAGAAGCAUGGUAUCAACUUCGCCAAAGGCAUCCAGUGCUACGGACUUGCUUCGCAGCUAUUUCCCCAUCCGAGGCCAUCCAGGUCGUCAUGAAGCAGGCGGUGCGUGACGGCGAAACUUUCAAGGUCAUUGAGUCCUCCGGUUCCAUAACAGAGCUUGCAAAGGCACAGGCAAAGACGGAGGCUUUAGAGCCUUCUUCGCUCUUUGUUCCUCCUGUAAGACUACGCCUUUUGAAGGCCAGCGACAGAGACGGAAUCCUUGUCCUAGUCAACCACGCUGCAUACGAUGCAUGGACAAUGCCACUGUUCGUUUCAGAGCUUGGAAAACUCUACCGCGGUCAGCCCUUGGACUCGAACCCUGAUUUCCCUUCCUUUGUCGACUAUUCAGUCCGCUCUCUCCAAGAGGUUGACGAGAAAGCAUAUUGGACAUCAGCCCUCGGCUCAGGCAUGCGCACCGUCAUCAACUCUAAGCAGAAAGCCGGUCAGUUCUCAGAACAACUAUUCGUCGGAGCUUGGGAAAAAGUCAAGAGCGUAUCCCAACUAGAAAACACAUGCCGCUCCGUCGGCCUGAGCCUCCAAGCCGUGGUCCUUCUGGCUGUUGCUCGCAUCCUCGCACGCGCAACGGGAUCAACAAGUCCAACCAUGGGUUUAUACCAAACCGGUCGCUCCGCCUCGUUCCCCAACAUUGAAAGGCUCUCCGGGCCUUGUCUGAAUGUAAACCCAUUCAGCAUCUCCGACGUCAUUUCUGACGACUCAGAGCUCAACCUCCUGGACAAAGUCCGCACGGUUCAAUCCUCCCUUGCAGAGCGCGUCUCGUUCGAGCAAAGCUCGCUGCAGGACGUCCUCCGCUGGGUUGAUGCCCAAAAAUCUGGAUCGCCGUUGUUCAAUACCUGGGUCAACCUCCUCUGGAUGCAAAGUUCCAUUCCAUCAGCCAAUGAUGCCACACCAGAUGCGGACCUCAACGACAAUGCUGAGAUCUUCUUGCCUCUUCGUAUCGGUGUCCCCACGGACUUCAUUCCCGAUGAGCCUCUGUCUGGUCUGGAGUCAACCUCCGUGUCUGCCUUGGAUACUUCUCUUCUGCCAGAUGAGAACGUCUACAUUGAUAUCGGUCCUGACCCGAAGACUGAUACCAUCGGAUUCGGUGUUCGUGUCGAAGGUGGUGCUCUUUCUGAGGAGGAGGUCAAUAAACUUGUGUCGGAUAUUGGGGCUGAGAUUGAAGGAAUCGUUGCGUCCUUGCAGUGA